CGUUGGGUGGAGAUGUGAGUGGGCGAUCGACGUGAGUUCGGCAAUGGCUGUGGGAUUGGUGGUGACGCUGAGUCAAUAGCAUCGAAGAGGAGGAGAGGAGAGAGACGCACGAGGGCGGAAUAGAAUGUACAAAGCGCAGCAGCAGAAGCAGCACGACGCCAAGGCGUGGGAAUCGACCGUCCGAAAAGCACAGCAGCAGCAGCAGCCCGGCAGUCGCCGCCGCGUCUGCCCGCUCGGGCCAAUGUCCGUCGCCCCGUCCGAAGACGACUCCGGCGCCACCUCUCCACGCGGAGAAGGCGACGACGACGAUUCGGCAGAGGCGGAGGAGGAGGGGGAGGUCUACCACGCGGAGCAUGUCUUCCCCAGCGGCGACUUCUAUACCGGACAUUGGAUCGCUGGCAUCCCCCACGGCACCGGGAAGUACCUGUGGACGGAUGGGUGCAUGUACGAGGGCGAGUGGCGGUAUGGGAAGACCACCGGCCGCGGGAAGUUUUCGUGGCCCUCCGGCGCCACCUACGAGGGCGAUUUCAAGGCCGGGUUCAUGGACGGCUUCGGUACCUACACCGGCGCCUCCGGCGAAACCUACUGGGGGAGCUGGUCCAUGAACCUGAAACACGGCCACGGCAAGAAGUCCUACGCCAACGGCGACUACUACGACGGCGAGUGGCGCUCUGGCAUGCAGGACGGCCACGGCCGCUACGUCUGGCGCAGCGGAACCGAGUACGUCGGACAGUGGCGCGCCGGGCUCAUCCAUGGCAGAGGAGCCCUCAUCUGGGCUAACGGCAAUCGCUACGACGGUGAUUGGGACAACGGAAAUCCCAGGGGCAACGGUAGCUUCCGGUGGGCUGAUGGCGGCCUCUACGUCGGGGAAUGGUCUAACGAGAAUGCCACCAUCCAACACAAGGGGGUGUACUACCCAUCGCCGACCGCCACCUCCCCCACUGCCCGAGACCCACAGGAAGAGUUUGUGGCCGACCUUAAAGAAUGCAAGAUCUCACUGGGGGAAACCAUAUCGGUGCUUCCCUCCCAGAAGACCCUCAAUUGGUCCGGCAUUGAGCCGCGGCGGUCCUCCACGGCCUCUGAAUCUGCCGCCACGGACCGCGCCAGAAGGCGGGCCUCCGUCGACGGUGCCGCUUUGCUGCGCAGAAGGCCCAACGGCAGGACACUCACCGUGAUCGGGACCAAUGACAAUGUGGGACUAGAAAAGGGGCUGGAUGGGAUCUACACCUGGGAGUCCCAUGGAGAUAUUCCUUCUGACAUGGUCGAGAGGCGUUCCAUGGUUGAGAAGCAGGAUGCGGCAGAGGCAAAGGUGCCGAUGAACCCACCACGCAUGCGUUGGCGGCCUCCGAGAGCCAUGAAGAAGAAGCAAGGAGAAACCAUCAUGAAAGGGCACAAGAAUUAUGACCUUAUGCUCAAUCUCCAGCUCGGGAUAAGACAUGCUGUUGGAAAACAAGGUCCUUCUCAGAGUGAGCUGAAAUCAUCUGCCUUUGACCCCAAAGAAAAAGUGUGGACAAAGUUUCCUCCUGAAGGCUCGAAGCAUACACCUCCACAUCAAUCCUGUGAAUUCAGAUGGAAAGAUUACUGUCCAUUGGUGUUCAGGACACUUUGCAGGCUGUUCAAAGUUGAUGCAGCUGACUAUAUGAUGUCUCUUUGUGGCAAUGAUGCCCUUCGGGAGCUGUCUUCGCCUGGUAAGAGUGGAAGUUUCUUUUACCUGACCAAUGAUGACAGAUAUAUGAUAAAGACAAUGAAGAAGUCUGAAGUAAAGGUCCUUUUGCGGAUGCUUCAAGCAUAUUAUAACCAUGUCAGGAAAUUUGAGAACAGUUUGGUAACCAAGUUUUUUGGUCUUCAUUGUGUGAAGUUAACUGGAGCUUCACAGAAGAAGGUCCGCUUUGUUAUAAUGGAAAAUUUGUUCUGCUCUGAGUAUGUUAUUCACCGGCGGUUUGACCUGAAAGGAUCUUCUCAUGGUCGUAUGACCAGUAAGCCAGAGUCAGAGAUUGACGAAACCACUACCUUAAAGGAUCUUGAUCUUAACUUCAUAUUUCGGCUACAACGAUCUUGGUUUCAGGAGUUCCAAAGGCAAGUUGACAAGGAUUGUGAGUUUCUCGAGCAGGAGAGGAUCAUGGAUUAUAGUCUUUUAGUGGGAGUCCAUUUUAGAAGUUCCAGAGAGAUGCUUCCACCUGAAGGUGGUGACGAUGAUAGCAAAAGAGAAGCAACAAUGCAGCUUUCAAGAGUCAACAAGGAUGAUUUGAAUUCUGAUUCGAAUAGGACGGGAAAGAUCAGACUAGGCGUCAACAUGCCAGCUAGAGCUGAACUGACAGUUAGGAAGAGCGAUGGCGAUUCCCAGCUCGUCGGAGAACCCACCGGAGAGUUCUACGAUAUAGUCUUGAUUUUUGGCAUCAUAGACAUAUUGCAAGACUACGAUAUCAGCAAAAAGCUUGAGCAUGCCUACAAGUCUUUCCAGUUUGAUCCAUCCUCGAUAUCAGCUGUAGAUCCGAAACAGUACUCGAGACGCUUCCGUGAUUUCAUAUACAGAGCUUUCACAGAGGCAACCUAAAGCAAAAUUCUGAGCCGCAGCAAACAAGAAGAGUUCCAGGUUGAGCGACUUGG